AUGCCUCAUCUUACGGACAACAUCCAGGGCACGGAGGAGGACAACCACAAGGAUCUAGAGGGAAGAGAAAUAGAUGAGGUCAACGGAAAUUGUAAAAGUAGUACACAAAACCCACCUCUGGUAGAAAAUCCCUCUAAUGAAGUGAUAUCAAAUGCAGAGCUGAUGGACUCUGUUGGAGUUUCUGUCAAAAAAAAGAAGGACAAUGAGUUAAUCUCAGGAGAAAGCAAUGAUGGUGGGGACAUGGACAUUGGUUUGGAUCUCAGUCUCAAUGAAACUGGUGUUUUGGAGGCAGAAUCUUCAGAUAUAACACAGUCACAUAAUGCCUUAGAAUCAAAGCUCUGUACCCAGGAUGCCCAGGUUCUGAGCACAAAAGAAAGUUCAGUAUCGGGUGAGAUCCAAACCUCGAGCACAGCACUCCCCUCCACAGAGCAGACGGGGCCCUCCACAGAGCAGACAGGGCCCUCCACAGAGCAGACAGGGCCCUCCACAGAGCAGACGGGGCCCUCCACAGAGCAGACGGGGCCCUCCACAGAGCAGACGGGGCCCUCCACAGAGCAGACGGGGCCCUCCACAGAGGAGACGGGGCCCUCCACAGAGGAGACUGGGCCCUCCACAGAGGAGACGGGGCCCUCCACAGAGGAGACGGGGCCCUCCACAGAGCAGACGGAGUUACCGGCAGAGGAGGAAACCGACAAACUUAAAACCAGCGGUAAAAGAGUGACAUUCCCUUCUGACGAGGACAUCGUAUCUGGAGCUGUGGAGCCCAAAGACCCCUGGAGACAUGCUCAAAAUGUGACCGUGGAGGAGAUCUUGUCUUCAUACAAAGUGGCCUGUCAGAAACUUACAUGUAAACCUCUGCCCAAAGUGCUCAAACAGAUUCAGGAACUAAAAGAGUUCACGCAACGAAAUGAAUGCUUGGAUCUAAAAGGCGAGAAGCUGGACUACAAAUCCUGUGAAUCUCUUGAGGAAAUCUUGAAGCGGGUCCAGUUUAAAGUGAUAGAUCUUGAACAGACAAACCUGGAUGAAGAUGGUGCAUCCGCUCUGUUUGAUAUGAUUGAGUAUUACGAGUCUGCGACACACCUGAAUAUCUCUUUCAACAAGCACAUUGGCACACGGGGAUGGCAGGCUGCAGCGCACAUGAUGAGAAAGACGAGCUCUCUGCAGUAUCUGGACGCCCGUAACACCCCUCUUCUGGACCACUCGGCUCCGUUUGUUGCCAGAGCGCUGCGGAUCAGCGGCAGCCUGGCAGUGCUCCAUCUGGAGAACGCGGGGUUAUCUGGCAGGCCACUCAUGUUACUCGCUACGGCUUUAAAGAUGAACAUGAACCUGCGGGAGCUUUACCUGGCUGACAACAAGCUCAAUGGCCUCCAAGACUCUGCUCAACUGGGAAAUCUGCUGAAGUUUAAUUACAACAUUCAGAUCCUGGACUUGCGCAACAACCACAUCCUUGACUCUGGUUUGGCCUAUAUUUGUGAAGGACUCAAAGAGCAGAGGAAAGGUCUUGUCACUUUAGUGCUAUGGAACAACCAGCUCACCCACAAUGGCAUGGGCUACCUCGCUGCUGCACUGCCUUGCACACAGAGCCUGGAGACUCUGAACCUGGGUCAUAACUCUGUGGGUAAUGAAGGUGUCCACAAACUUAAAGAUGGGUUGAUCGGCAACCGCUCUGUCCUGAGACUGGGCCUGGCUUCCACCAAAUUGUCCUGUGAAGGAGCAGUAGCUGUAGCAGAGUUCAUUGCAGAGAGUCCCAGGUUGCUGCGUCUCGACCUGCGGGAGAAUGAGAUUAAAACCGGGGGACUCAUGGCUCUUUCUCUCGCUCUUAAAGUCAACACCUCUCUGCUGCGCCUAGACUUGGAUCGAGAACCAAAAAAAGAAACGGUAAAAAGCUUCAUUGAAACGCAGCGUGCUCUGCUGUCAGAGAUCCAGAAUGGAUGUAAAAGAAACUUUAUUCUGGCUAAAGAAAAGGAGGAGAAUGAGCAGAAGAUGAGGCAGUCUGCAAGUAUGGCUGAGAUCGCCACUGAGGACGGCACUGGAGUAGAGGAAGAGGAGGCUCAGAGAUCGGAAGACCAAGAUCAGGGACCAAAGAAAGACGAGGAGAAAAUAGAGAGUGAACCAGAGGCAGGGAGCGAAUCAGAGAAAAACCCUGUGAAAGAGGAGCCUCUGAAAGCUGUGGACUCUGACUCAGACACUGAGGAUGAAGAGGAGGUGGUCUCUAGUGUCUCUGCAGCACUUCCUGCCCCAUCAGUCAAUCUUGUACCUCAUCCUCCUCUUCCUCCUCCUCCCCCUCCUCCCCCCACCACUGAUGUAGGCCAGAGUAUCCAUUCCAACAUCACAGUCACAGAGGCUGCUGCCCCCGCUGUCACUCCGCCUUCUCCAGGGCGCUGCAUUUCAGUGUCCAGUCCAGGACGGGGGCACAAGAUCUUUCUGGUGACCCGAGUAGAGAGUCCUCCCGAGCAACAGCAAGUGCAACCUUUCAGUAAGAGGGAAAACCUCUCCAAAACACCUGCAAACACUGACACAACUCCAAACGUAGAAAGCGCAAGGACUUCUGCUUUGUAUGCAGAGCAAGGUCCAGUAGCAACACCUAAAGCUCCGCAAACCAGCACGCUGACGUCAGAGUCGGUCAGUCAUUCGACCGAAGACACAACACGAAGCACUUUAAACACUACACAUUUACAAGAAAGCACACAGGGGGCAGAUACCCCAGCAGAGCACACUAAGACACUGACCAAGGACACAACAGAGAGCACUAAAGAAAAGCAGUCUGAAGCCGCCUGUGUAGAGCAGCUGGAUCGUGAUACAUGUGAGCAACAACAGCCACUCGCUCAAACAGUACUAGACAAAGAGCAGGAGAUGUCAGACGACGGUCAACUAAGGACUGUUCAAGAACUCUGUGCAAAAGUAGCUCUUGAAAACCUGGAAACACCGCAGGUUGAGCUGGAGACUGUGCAGUGCAAUGAAGAGCAGGCACCAGCCACAGAGAUGCAGGAGUCAAAGCCACAGCCGGAGGAGGCAGACGAUGGCUCCGGCGAAAGCUCUGCAGACGAGUGCUUCAGUGAGGCCCUUACCGGAGAAGAGGGGGACGUCUCUGCCGUUCUGCCCAAUGCCUGUCAGCUGUGUCAUGGAGCACGUGAGUGUCAGCUGUGGGCAAGAGUUGGAAGAGCUGCUGCUAGAAGCCAGUUUAGACACAGGGAAGGAUGCGCCAUGAGCUUUAAGGGACUACAAGGAUGA